AUGGCAAGCACUGGCAGUGAAAUAUGGUUGCAAUGGUUCGCGUGCUGCUAUCAACCAGCUGCGCAGGCGCAACGCACGCGCCGGAGAAUAGACAGAUCUAUGAUCGGCGAGCCGACUAACUUUCAACACACGGGACACAUAGGUCGCCUAUUGACCUCGACAUUUGACUCGGCUGCGGCACAAGGAUCUACAGACGUAGACAUCCCAUCGUCGCUGCUGCACUCCAUGCAGAAUCAGAUGCAGAGCAAGGGCGGCUACGAGAUGGCGUAUGGCGUUAAGGUUUAUUGA